CGACGACGGCGGCCACACCGACCGCUUUGCCUUCCAGCUGCCCUUUGCUGAGGGCGCGGGCGAUGGGGCGCGCCUCGACUUCGUGGUGCGCUAUGAGACCCCCGAGGGCACUUUCUGGGCCAACAACCACGGCCGCAACUACACAGUUCUGCUCCGGAUCGCACCCGCUCCCACACCCACUGAUGCCGAAGGGCUGCCCCAGCAGCAGCAGCUGCAGCAGCUGGAGCCACAGCCUGAGUGCCAGGGUCCUGUGGAGGCUGAGGCCAGGCAGCUGAAGAGCUGCAUGAAGCCGGUGAGGCGCAGGCCUCACGAGGAGGAGCUGAGGAUGAAGAACAUGGAUGAUAAUACCCCUGUUGUGGCAGAGCGUCCUGAGGUCCAGGAGUCAUUGGGUUCCCUGGUGGCCCCCACCCCUCUCCGUCCAUGGCCCCAGAUGACACUUCAGGUUUCUGAAGUUACAGUGAUUGGCAGCUCUCCAGAAGAGGGUGACAUCUCCAGGAGCUGUCCACCUGUGGCUUUUACUGAGGUCCCUCAGGCGCCAGCCAUCAGGAUUCCCCCUUCUAAUCCUCUCUGUGGCCUGGGCGGCUCUCCCAGGGACCAGGCCUCAGGGCCCGAUAUAAGCGAGGGAGCCACCGGGCUCUUCCUGCAACCCAGCCAGCAACAGGUGGAGGCCACAUGGGAAGUGGGGGCUGUUAUGGAUGAGUCCCCUGCGGGUCUGGGGAUUGUGAGCGGGUUGGAGGAGCUGCUUGGCGAAGACACCAUUGACCAAGAGCUGGAGCAGCUCUACCUGUCUCACCUGAGCCGCCUGCGGGCUGCUGUGGCUGCAGGCGGGGCAGGAGGAGGUGGGGAGGGCCCCACUGAUGGGGGUACAUCUCCCAGUCAUCCCCCAGGCAUCCUCACAGACCGUGACCUGAUCCUGAAGUGGCCUGGCCCGGAGCGGGCUCUGAACAGUGCUCUGGCUGAGGAGAUCACGCUGCACUAUGCACGCCUAGGGCGUGGUGUGGAGCUCAUCAAGGACACUGAGGACCCUGAUGACGAGGGGGAGGGUGAAGAGGGGCUCUCCACCAUUCCCUCUAGCCCUGAAGGAGACAGCCCCAAGGAAUCUCCUCCGGAAAUCCUCUCUGGGGCCCACUCUGCUGUAGCCAGUAUGGGCGAUGUGUGGCUUCCAUGGGCAGAUGGCUUGGGGUGUGACAGCCCUGUGGUUUUGGCUGCAGAGGGUCAGUUCACUGGGGUUUCAGAGAAAGGGAUGGGCAAGGACACCAACUCUUUGCACAUGAAUAGGGUCAUAGCUGGAGUGACCAGGUCCCCAGGAAAGGCUGGGACGGAAGUCCAGAUGGAGGUCACCACUGAGAGGGCAAGCAGCUUGGUUGCUAUGUCCAGCAAAGAGCCAGCUACUCCAGUCCUGCAGGAGCAGAAUCCCGCCCUCCUUGGUAUCUUGGGGGCUGAAGUCUGUCUUUCUAGUGUGGCCAGGCCUCAUGUGGUCUCCCAGGACGAAGAGGGUGCAGGUCCAAGCAUUGAGCCCCCAAAGAGGUCUCCCAGCCUAGCAGGCCCUGCGGAAUGUGUGUGUGGCUUGCCUCCUCAGCUCCGGGGGCCCUUGACCCAGACUCUGGGAGUCCUGGCUGGGCUGGUUGUAGUCCCUGUGGCUCUGAACAGUGGUGUGUCCCUCCUGGUGCUUGUGCUGUGCCUCUCUCUGGCCUGGUUCUCGUAGGGCUGCUUGUGAGAUCAGCAUAACAGGUUUCUCCUCUCUGGGAUCUGGGGAAGGGCAGUCCCUCCACCACCCCAGAGGGUUGAGAUGGAAUAUGUGGCCUGUGUGGUGAGGGACCUUGGUCCUUUGCUUCUGAGAAUGCUGGACUGGAGAGAGGCCUUCCUGUCCCCUAGCUCUCCAGGCAGCAUGGAGCUCUCUCUGCAGUGAUACCCAUGGAGAGGAAUGGGACAGUGGAUGGUAUGAGUUAAGAAGAACUUUUAAGACGGAACCAGGCAUGUCCCCCUUCCCCUGCCCCCUGAGCCUGUAUUUAUUUUUGUAUAAUUCUCUGGAUGAGGAAGAGUGGUCGUGAGCUGGUCUUGGGGCACAAUUACCCAGAGAUAUAUUUAUUAACAGCCAAUCUGUGCAACCUGCUGGAGCUUUAUUUUUAAUUUAAUUUAUAUAGAGUACCUAUUAUUAUAUGCCACAAUAGAGCUCUAUGAGAAAUGACGUGUCUUGCUGUGUAGUGGUCUCCUGUUUGGGCUUGAGCGUGCAGGGUGGUCACAUUCUUGGGGAGGACCGUGAUGGGUAGUGUGGGGAGGACGUGGCCAUACCUGCUGCUGCUGCUUCAAUAUGUCCUAGAGGAUCUGUGUCUCCUUAUCUCAUGGUCCUAAUACAUGUCCUGUGAUCUUUGCACAUUCUGCCUGUGAGAGCCUGCCUGUGUAUAUAGGAGUGGUGGUAGAGCCAGGGAGGAAGAUUGGUAGCCACGUGAGGAUUUGGUGUCAGUCAUGUGGCUGCAGUGGUAGCUGUAGUUAGCUGUGAAUAUGGGAACAUUGGUUUUGAAUCAGCCACAAGGUUUUGAGGUUAAUGAAAAAAAAAAUCCUUUGACACCAGCAGGGAGACUCCUCAAACCCUAGGAUAGGAAAGGUCUCAGAAAAGAUGGAGGAAAUAAUGUACUGUGAAAAAUUCACAUCAGAGUUGCUGUCCACAGACAUUGCAUAGCUACUCAAAAGAGGAAACCCAGAAGCUUUGAAAGAAAGGAUAGAUGUAUUUAUUGCAUGUAAAUAAAAAACUGCAUAGCAAAAUAAAACACCAUAUAUUUAUUUACUGACCUUUACAGCAAAAGUUCUUAAAACAACCAGCCACUUUCUUCAGUUCUUCACUCCUCCACUGCCCCAAUUCCUUUCUGAAAUAGCACCAGGGUGUUUUUUUUGGCCAACCACUUCAGAGAAAGUGCUGAAGCCACCGAUAAUGUUCACACCGUUACAGCAGCAGUGAUGUCUCAGUCUCAUCUUCCACAGUUUCUUGGCAGCAUUUGACACAGUUGAUGAUCCUUAACUUAUAGCCCUUUCUUCACUUGGUUUGUGGGCUGCCACAUUCUUCAAGCUUUCUUCUUUACAGGGCCGGGGAUUUAGCUCAGUGGUUCUGCUUCCUGCCUUGCAAAUGCAAGGUCCCGAGUU